GACCAGGGCUCCCGAUCCCACCGCAGCCGAACAUGUGGGAGUGCAGCCGCCGCCAACAGGAACAAUAAUGGCUCAUUCCCCCAUCAUGUCCGGCCCCCACCCGCCCACCGAGGGCCCCCGAGCACGAAGGUAUGGCCUCGAGAGUGCAAGUCUUCUCCUCUCACACUGUUCAGUCAAGUGCCUUCUGCAGCGUGAAGAAGCUGAAAGUCGAGCCGCGUUCUGACUGGGAUAUGACCGGUUCUGCACCGCGCAGCAAAGUCUACAGCCAGAACAAGAGCGCAGCCCUCGCCCAGUCCACAGUCAGUGCCUCCCUACACGUCGCCAAUCUCGCUCCGCUCUAUGAGCGGGCAGCUGUCCUCCCAGCGAGCGACGGACACCCCCUCACAAGGGUCGGGGGCAGUGCGGGGGGAGCAGACACAUCGGUGUCCGCGCACGGGCCCUACGGCCCCCACAACCUGACGCUCCGCAGCACUAUCACCCUCCUGGACACCUACCAGAGAUGCAGUCUGAAGCGUAAGAGCGAGGAGGUCGAGAGCAGUGGCAGUGUGCAGAUAAUCGAGGAAUAUCCUCCAAUGCUUCAGAACAACGCCAGCGGGACUACUGUUGCCACGGCAGCCACUUCCACCGCCACGUCCAAGAACAGCGGCUCCAACAGUGAAGGGGACUAUCAGCUCGUGCAGCACGAGGUGCUUUGUUCAAUGACUAACACCUAUGAGGUCUUGGAGUUCCUGGGCCGCGGGACCUUUGGCCAAGUGGUGAAGUGCUGGAAAAGGGGAACCAACGAGAUUGUGGCCAUCAAGAUCUUGAAAAACCACCCUUCGUACGCGCGGCAGGGCCAAAUCGAGGUCAGCAUCCUAGCCCGGCUCAGCACUGAGAGCGCGGACGACUACAACUUUGUCCGAGCCUACGAGUGCUUCCAGCACAAGAAUCACACCUGCCUGGUCUUCGAGAUGCUUGAGCAGAACUUGUACGAUUUUCUGAAACACAACAAGUUCAGCCCCCUGCCUCUCAGGUAUAUUCGGCCAAUCCUGCAACAGGUCACCACCGCCCUGAUGAAGCUCAAGAGCUUGGGCUUGAUCCACGCUGACCUGAAGCCAGAGAACAUCAUGCUGGUAGAGCCCAUCCGACAGCCCUACCGAGUCAAGGUCAUCGACUUCGGCUCAGCCAGCCAUGUGUCCAAAGCUGUGUGCUCCACGUACUUGCAGUCCAGAUACUACAGAGCACCAGAGAUCAUCCUGGGGUUACCGUUCUGUGAAGCCAUCGACAUGUGGUCCCUGGGUUGUGUCAUUGCUGAGCUGUUUUUGGGCUGGCCUCUGUAUCCUGGGGCCUCGGAGUAUGAUCAGAUCCGUUACAUUUCACAGACACAGGGAUUACCCGCGGAGUAUUUAUUAAGCGCAGGAGCGAAGACAACACGAUUCUUCAACCGGGAUCCCGACUCAUCAUAUCCACUGUGGAGGCUCAAGACACCAGAUGAUCACGAGGCAGAGAUGGGGAUCAAGUCGAAGGAAGCACGAAAGUACAUCUUUAACUGUUUGGAUGAUAUGGCGCAGGUGAACAUGACGGCCAAUUUGGAAGGGAGUGAGAUGCUGGCGGAAAAGGCAGACAGACGGGAGUUUAUUGACUUGCUGAAAAAGAUGUUGACCAUCGACGCUGACAAGAGGAUCACUCCAAUUGAGACACUGAGCCACUCCUUUGUGACAAUGACACACCUGGUGGACUUUCCACACAGCUCCCAUGUGAAAUCUUGCUUUCAAAACAUGGAGAUAUGUAAAAACCGAGUCAACAUGUACGACACAGUGAGCCAGAGUAAGACGCCUUUCGUCACCCACGUGGCUCCAAGCACAUCCACCAAUCUGACCAUGACCUUCAACAACCAGCUCAACGCAGUGCACAACCAGGCUAACAACCUGGUUCCCACCUCCACAACAAGUGGCACUCUGUCCCUCACCAACCCUGAGGUCUCUUUACUCAACUACCAGUCUGGACUCUACCAGCCUGCAGCAGCGUCCAUGGCAGCUGUCACGGGGAGGGGAAUGCCCCUGCAGACCACUGCCCCUCAGCUUUGCGCACGACCUGAUCCUUUCCAACAAGCCCUUAUCGUCUGCCCACCAGGGUUUCAAGGUUUGCAGGCCUCUCCUACCAAGCACGCAGGAUACUCGCUCAGGGUGGAGAAUGCCGUACCCAUCGUCACUCAGGCCCCUGGAGCGCAGUCACUUCAAAUCCAGCCUGGCCUUCUUACACAGCAGGCCUGGCCUGGGGGUACCCAGCAGAUUCUAUUACCCCCAGCCUGGCAGCAGCUAACUGGGGUGGCAGCUCACACCUCAGUGCAACAUGCCACUGUCUUGCCCGAGUCAAUGACGAGGACACAGCAACUGGCAGACUGGAGGAACCCACAUCCGCACAGCAGCCAUUACAGUACCAUCAUGCAACAGCCGGCCCUCUUGGCAAGUCAUGUAACCCUGCCAUCCGCCCAGCCAUUGAAUGUUGGUGUCGCUCACGUCAUGAGGCAGCAGCCAACUGCAAGCUCCUCGUCGAAGAAGAACAGACAGCAGCAUUCCUCCAGGAAUAUUUCUACCCAUGAGAUCUCCUCUCAGAGCACCCACUUGCACUCCCCACAGCGCUCGAAGCGGGUGAAGGGGAACACACCGCCCCGGUGUGCUGUGGUCCGCAACAGCCCGGCCUGCAGUACCUUGACCUGUGGCUGGGGGGAGACGACCAGCACAAGCCGGGAUCCCCAGAGACAGACCAUUGUCAUCCCUGACACUCCCAGUCCAGCGGUCAGUGUCAUUACCAUCAGCAGUGACACAGAUGAGGAGGAACAACCCAAGCAAGUCCCCAGCAGAGUUUUGAAGCAGAGGAAGAACGUUAUCAGCUGUGUGACUGUUCACGAUUCUCCAGACUCGGACACAUCCAGUAGCCACAGUCCAUAUGCCGUGCAGCCUCGUCCGGCUGCCCCCAGUGCCACCACCUACACCUCCAGCAAAGGCCACUCGGACAGUCAUUACAGUGGCAAACCUCGAACCAUCAUUGUUCCCCCACUGAAGAUUCAGACAAGCGACAAUGUGGCUGAGUGCAUCCGGCAUACCACAGACACACUGAGUCACCAUUUUUCCGGGUUCAAGACCAAAACCUCCAGCUCAGCCACAUCAGGAGCGGGCCACUCCACAGGGAGUUACUCGGGAGCAGCUUCGUACCGGCAGCUGCGGACCGCCACUCACUCCUUCCAACAACAGCCCCUCAACCUCAGCCAGGCUCCGCAGCACGUCACCACAAUCCAGGAGCGGAACAGUAGCCACGGCCACCGGCGGCAACAAGCCUACAUCACGCCCACCAUCGCCCAGGCCCCCUACUCCUUCCCCCACAACAGCCCCUCUCAUACAGCUGUGCAUCCACACCUGGCGGCAGCUGCCGCCCACCUCCCUGGCCAGCCUCACCUGUACACCUACACCACACCCGCUGCCCUGGCUCCCAACGGUACCGUCGCUCACCUCGUGGCUCCUCAGGGCUCCGCAAGGCACACGGCAUACACCACUCAUCCCGGAGGCAUCGUCCACCAAGUGCCAGUCAGCAUGGGCCCCAGGGUCCUGCCAUCCCCCACCAUCCACCCCAGCCAGUACCCAGCACAGUUUGCUCAUCAGACGUACAUCAAUGCUUCCCCAGCUUCAGCUGUCUACACCAGCUACCCACUGAGCCCCAAGGUGAACCAGUACCCCUACAUUUAGAAGCCUGGAGGUCAGCAGGGGGAAUGGUUCAGACGUGGCAGUCCAGAGCCCUGUCUCUGACAGGUACCUGACACAGCAGCAGAGCCCUGUGGAAGAUUCACUUCCCAACUCGUAAAACACCUUUUGUUUUACGUGUGCUUUUUAUAGUGAACGAGAAAAAGAUUGUGAAACAUGAAAAAGAGCAAAUCGGGAGAACUGCACCAAAAUCGGAGAGACUUGUCAGGAGUGGAGUGCAACGAAGGACUGUAUGCAAUAGUCGAAUCCCUCGAAAUAUUUUGAAGACUCGCAGCUGUAUGAUCCACAGAAAGCUGUGCUGAGAAUUUUGUCAAAGAUUUUUUGAUGAAGUUCAGUGAACGUACUGUAAACAGUCGACUUUAUUUUUAACUUUGGAGAAACCCCAGACUUUGUUUAGUUUCUCGUUCCUCAAGAACACAUCUUCCUUUCCUCUCUGCAAGCAACAGCGAUGCAGGUUGCCGGGAGAGAGGGGGAGCCAUAUGUGUGGAACGUGGACGGGUGUUAAGGCAACCUUAUUCGAUGAUAUACCAAUAGAUAUUCCUCUUGUGAUUGCACAAUGGUGAUUUCAACCUACUUUUACUCUUCAGGCAUGUGAGAUGUGACUGCCAUGGUGUGUGUGUGUGUGUAUAGCACUUGUGUUGAUGUUGCCUUGUGUGGUCUCAACACAGAGCUCCUUGUUAUAGGCUUAGUUUAACAUUUUCCCUUUGUAGUGCCUUACAGACUUACAGGAAGGGUUAGGAUGGCUUCACGCUUCUGACAGAUCAAGGUGGUAUUCAGUGGCAUUGCUCCCUCCUCACAGGGCAGCAACAACUGGCAGGAAAAAGCAGAGACUGUAUGACACCAACAGCUUAGGUUUAUACAGUGCACUUCAUGAAGGAUAAUGCCUCGGAGAGCUUCACAAAGAUGAGCAAGGGAGCGGUAGCAGGUGACCACAGGCAGAGGCGAAGAGAUGGUUUAUCGGUGGGAUUUAAAGACAGAUAAAGAGGGGAUCAAGAUGGAGGGAUAGAGGAAGAAGUUCCAGACAAGCCUCGGCCACACAUGGUGUAGCGUCGAGGGUAGUUAUGCAGCAGCAGACUCGAGUUAGCUGAGUAGAGGUGGAGAGAUUUAACAGAGAGUUGUCAGGGAGAUAGCACGUGUGUCUGAAGAGAGAUCGGUUUUCAAACGACUCUCCCACAGCUGGGUUAUUUGCUCCUGCUCAUGGUUUAUGAUGAAGCUCUUCGGAGGAAUAAUUCACAGUCAAGCACACAGAUCAUAGGGGCAACAUCACAAGGUUCAUCGUCCCCAACUCCCUUUUUACUAAGUGGAGCGCCAUAAGGCAAAGGGGCUUCGGAUGGACUGGGCAUCAGUGCCGGAUUCAGUUUGCAAAUGCAAUUGAACCCAACUCCGAUUUGUGUGAAGGCCAAGGGCAGGGAGGGAAACAUAGUCUCCAUGUGCUGCAGUUUAAAAUCUAACGCUCAGCAACCACAGAAGCCAGGUGGCACCAUUGGAAUUGCAGAAGGGAUGAGUGGGUGGGGAUGCCUAUGGAAUUGCAGUGCACCACAGUGUGACUGCCAUCUUGUGGUUAACGUGGUCAAUACCUGAUUUCAACACAAAAAGGCAAACUGGGCUCUUUGUUAUGUCCAAGAGAAAAACAAGAGGUAUAAAAUUUCAGGUCAGCGACGUGAGAAAAGAGGGGGCAGGGGAUUUGUUUUAUCUAUAAUUCAAAAUAAUUGCUUGCAAUAUUUUUUUAAAAAUCCAUUUGAGAGAGAGGGAAGCCUGUUGCAUUGCAGUGUAACUCAACUAGUGAUUAAUAUGGGGAACUGCAGGUCAGUGCUCAUCAUGAUGUUCAGAUCAGAAGUGACACUUCAGCCAGUUUUUACAAUAGCAUUUUUCUCUCUACUCCCCCCUUCUCCAGUGAUCGUCACCUUUUUUUUUACUAUUAGAGGGAGCUGCACUUCCUCUACCCUGAUCUGCUCAUUGUAUUUAAACAUUUAGAGUCCUGUAGCAAGUAACAGGACCUGGGUUCAAUUCCUAGCAGGGCA